AUGCCUGCCUGUGCCUCUCCCCAUUCCCCCUCCCUGUCCACGCAGCAAGGAGUGGCACAGAGCUCUUCGAAGGACUGGCAAACAAGGAGUGGCGCAGAGCCCUUUCCAUGGAAGGACAGGUUGCGCAUUGCCAGGGGGAGUCUUGAGGGGCUGGCAGCGAUCCACAGGGAGGGAUUCAUCUACCGCGACUUUAAGGCCGCCAAUGUGCUUCUAACGAAGACGCUCGUUCCCAAGGUGGCAGAUUUCGGAUUGGCCAAGGCAUGCCAGGACAGGACACAUGUCACGACGCGAGUGGCUGGGUCGUGGGGCUACAUGGACCCGGACUAUUUUGAGAGAGGAAUCUUAUCGACACAUUGCGACACCUACGCGUUCGGCGUUUUCCUUCUAGAGCUUCUCACCGGGUGCAGUGUGCUGGACGAAUAA